CUCCAAAGAAGCUUUUAAAUUCUAUUAACAACCACACUAAAUUGAACGAACACAAAUAUAGAAUUAAAUGAAAUAAUUACUGUAGAAUCAGUAGUAUGCCUUGGCAUACAUGCUAAAUAUUAAGACAAAAUGGCUUCGACUACGGAAACUGAUCUGAUAACCAAAUUGGAUAUUGUGAAUAUCUCACCAGAGAAGACAACCAUGGACAAGGAGACUUUAAAGACUAGCGAACUGGUUACAACAGAAACAGAAGCAAAAAAAGAUGUUGGAGGAGGAUCUGCUGUGGGAGCACCAUCACGCACACCAGAGUUCUAUAAUAAGGCUCAGAAGUAUUGGUCCACGGUGCCUGCCACUGUAAACGGCAUGCUGGGCGGAUUGGGGUACAUCAGCGCCAUCGAUAUACAAGGCUCUAAUGUCUUUCUACGGGAAAUACGGGUGCCAGGUCGUAAAUUGGCAUUGGACUGUGGAGCUGGCAUUGGUCGUGUAUCUCGGAAUCUCCUAAUGCCCCGUUUCAGCUGUGUUGAUAUGGUGGAACAAGAUCGAGCAUUUGCCGAAAAGGCGCGCGAAUAUUGUGAACAAGAAGACCGAGCUGACAGUGCCGUUGGCGAUAUUUACAACGUGGGAUUACAGGAGUUUAGACCUACUAAACAAUAUGACCUUAUAUGGAGUCAAUGGGUUCUAGGACAUUUAACAGAUUAUGAUUUGGUGGAAUUUUUUCAGCGCAUGCGUUUGGGCCUCGCACCAGAUGCCUAUUUCUGCCUUAAAGAGAAUUUCAGCAGCACAAACAAGGUGAUCUUGGAUGAUGAAGAUUCUUCGGUUACACGUCCGUUGGAUCAAAUGGAGCGUUUUCUCAAAACGUCUGGUUUUCGUAUCGUGCGCAAAGUGCGACAACAAAACUUUCCUAAAGGCCUCUUCCCAGUUUAUAUGAUUGCUUGUAAACCUAAUGUAAAGACAAAUUAGAAUUAACUGAUACCCCAGAGUACAAAAAUUAAAUGUCCGUAAAAUUAGUGACGCUGUUAAAACUGA